GUACUGAUGAGCCAUCUUCAAGCCAAGAGGCACAAGAAAAUAAGAGUUUGGAAAAAGAUGUAGCCAUUGAUAAAAAGUUGGAGAGUUUGAAGUCCGAGCUAGACAAAAUGAAGGAGAAGUUUUCCAUCGUAAAGAAAAACGAAUUAGAACUCAGGGAAAAAUUAAAAGAUGUGGAAGAUCUUCUUCAAAACUUCAAGGAAAAAAGUUUCACAGAGCAUUUCAAUCCUGCAGGAGAUGCUAAUCAAAGUCAAACAUCUGGGGAGAAGUUGGUGGAUCAACUCAAAGCCACUGGUAUUGAUAAGCCACCUUCAAGCCAAGAGACAACACAAGAGAAGAAAAGUGAGGACGAAGGCGUACCCAUUGAUGAAAAGUUGGAUAGCUUGAAGUCUGUGAUAGAUAUCACGAAGGCGAAGUUUUCUGCAGUUAAGAAAAAUGAGGAAGUCUUGGACAUGUUAAGAGCCACGAAAGAUCUUCUUCAAAACUUCAAUGCAAAAGGUUCUGCUGAGAUUGUCGAGCCUGCACAAGAUUCUAAAGAAAAUGACACAAAAGGUCAAUAG